AUGGAGUCGCCAAUGCAAACCAAAGCUGACGUUGACGACCAGGAUGUGGCCUCCACCUACGGCCUACGAGCGCUAGCGACCGUGGUCUUCGACAUCGACGCAGGACAGAAACUGGACGCGUUGUAUCCAUCUUCUUGCAGCCUCCCGGAAGCUGCGAAAACGAGUUUAGCGCAUUUGUCGCUGCCCCAUUGCAACAAUCAGGACGAGGGAGACACGCAGUAUAUUGUGCACUUCCGUGACGGCCCUGAAGAGCGCGAGCUCUUGUUCGGUUUCGUGCUCUUCCGUCAGCAGAAAGACGAGUCACGCACGCGCGGGUACUUCCAGAAAGCUCUGGUGCUCGUAAGCACAAAGCCUUAUGUGGAUCUCUACGACCGCGUGCUGCGGGUGAUUGGGCCGCUCUUUUUCAAGGUCGGACCGCAGGUUUUAGCAGCAGUGUAUCACAAUAUCGAGUCCUGGCCGGCAGUUGUGCAUGACUCACCUGUGGUGCUGCCACUUGCUGGGAUCUAUGUAUCCUGUAUUAUCCCGAGGCUGCUACGUUACGAACACAUUGAAGCAGCAUACGAGCCAUAUGCAGAUUCACCGCUGCACUCGCAUUUUAUGGUCGAAGAAGACGACGAGGCUACAGACUCGCCGGAUUCGGAGAAUGUUGGAAAAGUAGACGAGGGCGACGACAAUGACGAUACUGAGGAGUCCGUUCUUGUCAAAGGGGGCGAGUUUGUGGUAUCACGGAGGCGACCGCCUCCAUCGCCAUCGUUCGGAGAUCUUUUGCUUUCAAAGCGGACAUACCAUUCGACUCCGUAUGAGAAUGUCGGACUGUAUUCAAGUUUUGUUGGUCAGGUGGAAUCGCUAUGGCUUCUGUGGCAGCUCGCCAUUACUGGGGAGAGUCUCUUGAUUCUAUCUCCACACGCGAGAACGUGCAGUCAAGCCGUUCUCGCUUUUACUAGUUUGAUUGCGCCGCUUCAGUUCCGUGGCGACUGUCGGCCAUACUACACUGUUUACGAGGCAGAUUUUGAUAUGCUCUCAAGUAGGCAAAAUAGAGGUGUAAGCAACCCAAACGACGUGACUAUCAUAGGAACCACAAAUCCGUUCUUCAUGAAGUCAUUAAGUCGUUGGCCAAACGCUUUAAUCUUUCCAUUUUUGGAGCCACCGAGUACCAAACCACAAGCGGAAAAAGGUCAAAACGCCACGGAAGCGGAGGCGACUGGCGCAGUUUGUCUACGCAUUCAAAAGGGUGUGCAGCUCGAUGAUUUUGGGAACUGUCAUCGGCCUAUGCUUCUGCGACGUUGCUCCAGGUAUACGGUCUCGGAUGUUAAGGUCCUUCACCAACUUGUUUCACCGCCGGAUGUUCACAUCAAACCGACUACCACCCACGAAGAGGAGGCGUACGUUACAAUUAACAAUGCAGUGCUGCGAAAGCACUUUCGGAAGCUCACAAAAGACUUUUUGCAUCCGUUUGAGCAAUACUUCGGUAUUUGGAAACCAAGCGAAAUGCGCUCAAAUCUAUACAUGAGCGCGGAGGAUUACAUGAAGCCGUUUAGUCUACCGGGAUUGCUUGAAAGUAUAAAGCCGUGCAAUCUGCCACCGCAGAUUAAACAAACCAAGUGGAAGGCUCUGUACACAGCAUUCGUCAAAUCCGCCCACUUUGAGCCGUGGUUCCAUUACCGCCGCCAACGCUGCAUACACCACUUUGCGGAAACGCUUCGCACCGUUCGGAGCAGUGUUGACGCUGACUUGCUAUUGAGCUCUCCCUUCGGUGGCAGCUUAUCACACGAGCAAUACGUGAAGCUGAAAAAGGAAAUGGACGUCGCGCUUGCGCUCGAGAAAGGCCAAAGCCAAGUAGACAAGCAACAAGUUCGUGCUAUCAAAAGGCACCGGAAAGCAGUCAAGGAAAAGAUACGCUGCCUCAAUCAAAAUCAAUAG